UGUGAACCGGGCCUCAUACGCGCGCAGGCGGUGUUUACCCGAAAUCCGGCGUUCUUUUCAGGUUCGAGAUUGCAGCAUCAAUUUUCAUCUGAUAAUUCAUAGUAUUCGGGCCCCAAAAACAGAACUAAAGAUGAAAUUAGUCAGGUUUUUGAUGAAACUCAGCCAUGAAACGGUGACCAUCGAGCUGAAAAAUGGUACACAAGUGCACGGUACCAUCACGGGAGUAGAUGUGGCAAUGAACACACAUCUGAAGGCGGUCAAAAUGACCAUCAAGAAUCGGGAACCGGUUACGCUGGAUUCCCUGAGUAUCCGCGGCAACAACAUUCGGUACUACAUCCUACCGGACAGUUUGCCCCUGGAAACGCUGCUGAUCGACGAUGCACCCAAGACGCGAGCGAAGAAACGCGAAGCAAAUCGUGGAGGACCGCGAGGACGAGGCAGAGGAACAAGGGGCGGUCGCGGUGGCCCCCGAGGUGGUCGUGGUGGAGGACGCGGUCGUGGAAGACGCUAGAAAAGCCAACCGCCGAUAUCUCUGCACCACCUGCACCGUCAUUAGCCAUUAAGAACUCUUUUUCAUUCUACAUCUACGAAUUCCGGUCAUUUCGGGCAAACGGCUGCGAAAGGCGAGACCUUUGUAAGCAGGCAAAAGAACUAGUUUGUCAGAAAGGUAGUUGCAAUUGUGUUUUAAUUAAACCGCCGAGAACAUCCGUCGGUCAUGCGCCAUUAACC